AUGGAGAAGUUAAUUGAUGUAGCAGCUAUUAGCGUGUUUUGGGCCGUCAAGGUUAAGAAUGAAGAUCCAGUACCCGCACUACUAGCAGAUGUUUAUCACACCUUGCACUUACGCUUUGAGAAAGAGGGGGGACUGAUGUUAUGUUGCAUACCACUCCUUUACCAAUGGCUUGUCUCUCAUAUGUUCAAAGAGGUUGAUACAAUUGAAAGUAUGGAUGGAUAUGAGUGGUCUCAAAAGCUAGUAGGACUCACUGAAAAUACCAUUAUUUGGUAUCCCCAUGGCUUGAAUGUGGGAGAUACAAUUACUAGUUGUGGAGAAUUUCCGAAUAUACCAUUAAUAGGGUCAAAAGGAUGCAUUAACUACAAUCCUGUUUUAGCAGUAAGGCAGUUGGGUUAUCCUAUCACAUACAAACCAGAUGACCAGUUGUUAGAAGGUUUUGUAUUCCACGAUAUGGAGGAUCCUGUUAUGCUGAGAAGGGUUAUCCGAGCCUGGGAGAAAGUUCGCUUCAGAGGACAAGACAAAGGAAAGGGUGUCAUAGGGGAUAGAGAACCCUAUCAUCAAUGGGUCACCAGAAGAAGUCAAGAGAUCAAGCUGCCAUUCAUCCUCGAUCCUCCAACUCAACCUCCACCACCAGAACCCAUCCCUGUCUCCAUGGAAGAAGUGGAAGCGUUGAGAGCUACUAUAGCAAGACUUGGACGAGAAAAUGAAGAGCUACAGACCAACGUCCAGCAUGUUUGA